CGAAAAGCGAACCCGAGACACUGGGUAAUUCGCCAAAAUGACCAACACAAAGGGAAAGAGGAGAGGUACCCGCUAUAUGUUCUCUAGGCCUUUUAGAAAACAUGGAGUUGUUCCUUUGGCCACAUACAUGCGAAUCUACAAGAAAGGUGAUAUUGUGGACAUCAAGGGAAUGGGCACUGUUCAAAAAGGAAUGCCCCACAAAUGUUACCAUGGCAAAACUGGAAGAGUCUACAAUGUUACUCAGCAUGCUGUUGGCAUUGUUGUAAACAAACAAGUUAAGGGCAAGAUUCUUGCCAAGAGAAUUAAUGUACGCAUAGAGCAUAUUAAACACUCGAAGAGCCGAGAUAGCUUCCUGAAGCGUGUGAAGGAAAAUGAUCAGAAAAAGAAGGAAGCCAAAGAGAAAGGUACUUGGGUUCAACUGAAGCGCCAGCCUGCCCCACCCAGAGAAGCACACUUUGUGAGAACCAAUGGAAAGGAGCCCGAACUGCUGGAACCCAUUCCCUAUGAAUUCAUGGCAUGAUAAAUGUAAAGAAAAUAAAAGACCUGAAGACUGUAAAAA